GAGUCGGGGAGACCUUUGGGCGGCCGCCCAGGCCGGAUUCCUCCUGAGAAAACGCGCCCGCAGGAGCGAGGCUAUUCGUGUGGCCAAUGUGGGAAAGUGUUCCGGCAGAACUCGCACUUGGCUCAACACCAGAGAGCUCACACUCGAGAAAGCCCCAGGGAGAGCAGAAAGUCUUUCCGGCCGGGGUCCGGAGAGAAGCCCUUCGCGUGCGGCGAAUGCGGCAAAGCUUUCGGCCGCAGCGUCUACCUGGCGGAGCACCGCAGGACGCACACCGGGGAGAAGCCCUACGCCUGCGAUCGCUGCGGCAGAGCCUUCAGCCAGAGCGCGCCCCUGGCCAAGCACCGGCGCACCCACACCGGGGAGAGGCCCUACGCGUGCCCCGAGUGCGGGAGAGGCUUCAGCUGCCGCUCCACCCUGGUCCAACACGGCAGAACCCACACCGGGGAGAAGCCCUACGCCUGCGGGGAAUGUGGCAAGGCCUUCGGCCAGAGGACCCACCUCAUCCAGCACCGGCGCAUCCACACGGGGAGAGGCCCUACGCCUGCCGGGAGUGCGGCAAGGCCUUCGCCGAGAGCUCGGCCCUCAUCCAGCACCGGCGCAUCCACACCGGCGAGAAGCCCUACGAGUGCCGGGAGUGCGGCAAGGCCUUCCGGCGCAGGACCCACUUCACGCAGCACCGGCGCAUCCACACCGGCGAGAAGAUCUACGAGUGCCGGGAGUGCGGCAAGGCCUUCAACCAGAUCGCGCAGCUCACUCGGCACCAGCGCGUCCACACCGGGGAGAGGCCUUACGCGUGCGGGGAGUGCGGGAAAGCCUUCAGCCAGAGCUCGUCCCUGACCAAACACGGGCGCACCCACACCGGGGAGAGGCCCUACGCGUGCCCCGAGUGCGGGAAAGCCUUCAGCGACUCCUCGGUGCUCAUCGUGCACCAGCGCAUCCACACCGGGGAGAGGCCCUACAAGUGUCCCCAGUGUGGCAAGGCCUUCACCCAGAGCAUUUACCUGAACAAGCAUCGGAUCGUGCACUCGGGAGAGAAGCCCUACGCCUGCGGGGAUUGCGGGAAGACCUUCAGCCAGAGCAAGUACCUCGCCCAGCACCGGAGGCUCCACACCGGGGAGAAGCCCUUCCAGUGCCCCGAGUGCGGGAAAGCCUUCACUUACUGCUCGGCCCUCAGCCGGCACCAGAGGAUCCACGCCGGGAACGGGCCCUACCGGUGCGAGGAGUGCGGGAAAGGCUUCCGGGUCCUGUCGGCCUUCCUCACACACCGGGGGCUCCACGCUGCCGCCCAGCUCUGAGGGCCAGCCGGAGGCGGGCCUAGGACAGGGGCUACACGGGCUCCUAAGUGCUUGCCGAUGGCUUCUGGCCGAUCCCUUUCCCAGACCGUCCUGCCCCGCCCCCCAGUGGGACCUUCCUCCCUGCCAGCGGGGCCAGUGGCCUUCUCCGGCCUUCUCCAAGCGGCUGGGCCAGAGCCUUUGGUCCCCGCUUUAGGACCCCUCCCAUCAUUUCUUUCCCCUUUAUGGGAAAAGAGAGAAGACUAAGGAGAGACUCUGGGGCCUCCUCCCUGACCUUGCUUUUCUGCUGCAGGGGGGCAGGCCCGUGGCCUUGCUGUGGCCCCAAACUCUGGUGUGUGUGUGGGAGAGGCCAGGGUUCCGGAGGCAGCCCCUCUCCCAUCUGUGAGUCCUGAUACUCGCUGCCGCCUCCUCUUCCUCCUCUGUCCCCGGGGUGCUCUGAGGCUCCCAGAGAACCCCGGGGGAGCAGGGAAUAGCCUGUGGACACACAGCUUGGAAGCCUCUGGGACUUGCCCCCCACUCGGUGAUACCUGAGAGCUCCUCAGGGCAGGGCCCCUCUCCAGGGAUGCAGGCCCAUCAGUUCCCGCCUCUGCUGCCUCCAUGGAGGAUUGGCCCCCAAAGCCCAGGAUGCUGAUAGGCAAGAAAGGACUCCUCUUGCCGGGACCAGGGCAGGGGCUGCUCGACAGCCAGUCCAGGAGCAGCCUGCCUCCCCAGCAGCCCUUCCCCCGGCCUUUCCAUGGCACACAUCCCCUCAGCUCUCCCAAAGGCUCCCCACAAAGGAGAGGCUCCCCUAGAGGAUGCCUCCUCUCUGCUGCAAAAUAGACAGCCAGCAAGCGAUAUCGGAUUCCAGUGUAGGUUAAACAUGUGCAUUUCUUCUAAACAUAUUUCACAAGAAAAGGAGGAAAAAAC